UUAAUAUGAAUAUAAAAGCACUCGCGUGAAGGUGUGUGUCUGGGUUGGAAUGAACUGCAAUUAGGUUUCUGCUUCCAGAGCCUGAAGUCUUCAUCAUAUUUGCUGGGUUCUUCUCUCUGGCAUCAAUCAAAUGGAACUGAAUUUGAGCUUGGGAGACACGUCGUUUCUUGAAAUGGAAGACUUAGGGUUUCAUCUUGGGCUGGGAAGCAGCUUCUGCGGACGGCCGAAGGAAACAAGAGAUCACAGCCGAGGGGAUCGCGAAGAUAAGGGUAAGCGAUCAAGAGACGUCGUAGCUCUUCAGCUUCAUCUCUUUCCGUCUCGAAGCGUGUCUUUGCUUCCUCAGCUCAACGAUAAUAACGGUAAUUCUUCAGAUGGGCUAGCCGAAGGGAAGUGGUUAUCAAGCCAGUUGCUGGCGACCGCGUCGGUGGCAAAGGCCGAGGUGGUGGAUGCUGGGGCGGCGCAGCUGUCUUCGCCAAACAGUGGCGCGUCUUCAUUUCAUCAGUUGGAGUUCAGAUCAGGUUCGGGUGGAAGGAGCAAGACGGUCGACGCCUUGUCAUUUGAAGGCGACAACGAAAGAGCGUGUUCCAAAGGCAGUGAUGAAUAUGAUGAAGACAACGGCUUGGCUCGGAAGAAACUCAGGCUCUCCAAGGAACAGUCUGCUUUUCUUGAAGAGAGCUUCAAGGAACACCAUACCCUUAAUCCUAAAGAAAAGACUGCAUUGGCAAAACAGUUGCAUCUGCGCCCUCGCCAAGUAGAAGUGUGGUUUCAGAACAGACGAGCUAGGACGAAGCUGAAGCAAACGGAGGUGGAUUGCGAGCACUUGAAGAGAUGCUGCGAGAGGCUGACAGAAGAGAACAAGAGGCUGCACAAGGAGCUGCAAGAACUCAGAGCUCUCAAGUCUUCCCACCAUUAUGUCAAUCCGUUCAUGAAACAUCCCGUUCCGGCCACCACUCUCACCAUGUGCCCGUCCUGCGAGCGCGUCUCCACCUCCACCGCCACCGCCACUAACACAAAUAAAAUGUCUGCUCCAUCGUCGUCAUUAAUGUCAGCUAAUCCUAGAACAAACUUAAUCCACCGGCCUCUCUCGAAUAAUACACAGGCUCAAGCUGCUCCCUGAUGCAUUAAUAAUGGGCACGCUGUUCUCUUCCCCCUUCUUGUAAAUGAUAUUUGGCUUUUCUUCACCAUUUUAACUUUGGUUUUGUUUAAUCAGCUCUCUUUUUCUCAGAUUUAAGUUGCUCCUUUUUACCUCAUUUUCCUACAUAGACAUAUAGAUUUCGACAUGGCCACACACCAAUGUCUGAUGAUGUCUCUAGGGAAGAUUGAUGUAUUAUAAUCUGUUGAUUGAUUGAUUGUUCA